GCAGUUGGCAGCAGCCAUGCGGCGAUCGCAGCUCGCCGCUCUCCUCUGUGUCCUGGCGACGGCGGCGCACGGGGAGCCACGUUCCCGUUACCCUCGCCUGACCUCAUACGUUGCAGUUCUUGUGCCGAAGCAUUUGGUCCUGGCAUCACAGGAACUUUCUGAGGAGCGUCGGCGAGUCGCCCCCGAGCAGGAAUCUGUCGAGGUUCCCGACGGGUCUGUGGAGUCGUCGAGAGAGUCUACCGAAGAAGAGCUUGGUGGUAGAGCGCCUCGUGGUCAGCAGGGCCUCGUAUAUGCCCACAGGCGACCAGCUAUUGUUACAUCGCAGAGAAAUACGGCGGCAGCGGGAACUCUCUGGAUUCCACGUGCCUUGAGAGAGGUAGAGCCACCCCUAUCGACCACUCACUGGCGUGGUAUGGACGGUUAUCAACAUGCUGACAAGGAUGGCUCUGCCUGGAAAGCUGGCAACCACGAUGGUCGUGUCUCCGUUGCAGCCCGUUCACGUGUACGCCGGGCCGCUACGAAAACUCUGGCGCCAUCGAGCACGACAGCUGCAGCCACGGGCUUCAUACCCAUAGCGGGCCCGUUCGGAGGCGGCCAGGAGCUUGCCUACUCAGCUUUUCUAGAUGGCGGCUCGUCCACACCUUUUCCGACUGGCUUCUCAAGCUACGCCAGCCCCAGCCGACAACAAAACUCCAAGCAAGCCUAUGGUGGUGGCUUUGACUAUGGACGCUCGACCACGAGCGCAUUUUCUGCCGGCUACGACUCUCUGGGCAGUGGAAACUUUCAGCUAAUCCGUGGCGGAGUCUACGCUGAUAACCAGGCCAGCUCUAGCCAUAUGCCUUACUAUGUGCAGGGUCCUAGUAGUGGCUACCAAGCCUAUUCGUACGAUGAAGACGCAGGUGGGCCCGUUUUGGGCUUUCAGGGAUUUGAACAUUUCGGGAGCCCGCUGCACAACGCCCUCAGCAAAAACACUCACGUGGUGGGUGCCUCGACAGAGCACAGGAGACGCACAUUAACACCCAAGUCGCCAGUUGCAGGUGAAGACCAGUUAAGAGCCAUGGAAUAGAUGGCUAUUCAGGGACCAGUGAUCGAGGCUUCUCGUCUGCAGUAACUGCUGUGAUCAUUAGCACCAUUAUAAAUACACUCAUGCAGUGCUUUCCACCAAGCAAGGUUUCAUUAAAUCGUUUAGGUGCUCCCAACAUUCGGUACUGCAAGAGUUAUUCUUGCUCAUGCCAGACUGCGCGUCCUCGAGGUUUACCAACCUUGUCAGUCUCUUCUAUAGACUGCAAAGUGGCUGAAUCUUCUCAUGUUUCCAGGCGAGAUGUCCUCUGCAGCAUUGGGAGAAGCGUGUCAACUUGUCGCCCGUGCGUCUUCUUUUUUUUUCUUCUUUGAGUGGACAUUAACGAGAGGCCUAUAUGGAACUCUUGCAUGUGACAAUACAAGGUUGUGCUAUAAUAUGGUGACAUGUGAUGGCUGACGCGGACGCUGAUUUUUUUCAUGUGUCAUAAAAUACUUUGUACUGCUUACAAAAGAGAACAGUAAGAACUAUGCAAGCUGUCUGUCAUGAAUUGAUACGAGACAUGAGAGUGCAACGUCAGAUGCGUUCCAAACGAGGCAACGAUUCACUCUUUGGAACAGCUGUUGUAGUGCUCAAUAACGUCGUGAAAAUAAACGAAUAUAUUGGAGCUGCUUCGGUAAUAGCUUUGUGAUGUCACUAGUAUAUAAAUCUCACAGAAUAAAAUUAGAUAUGGGGUGUUUUAUAUAGCAGUGACACUGUGUUUAGGUUUUUGUCGUUUACCAAAUUGCGCAAAAUUACAAAUUUUGAGACGCAGUCCAAACUUCAACCUCAUUGUUAACUUAGUUCUAUGGUGUUUUCUUUCGAAUAAAAGUUUGGUGUUUAA